AUGAUGCUUAUAUGGAUUUUCAAUUCGACGAUUCAAUUGCGCAAAAGAAUGAGAAAAUCUAACGUUUGUCUUGAGCAUAUGGAAAAGAUUUUUCCACCAGAAGACUUGCGAAUGUCGAUUGGAAUUGGUAGUUUAAUUACUAUGCUCAUCAAUUAUUGUAUUCAUCGUGUGGUUGAUGACUUUCGGCAGAUAAUUACGAUUAAGAAGAGAUUAAAUGUUAAUAGCAAAGUUUUAGGGAAAGUUAAUGAAUCGACAUCUCUAUCUAGAACUGAGAACAAGUUAAAGCUUAUAGGAAUCUUUAAAAUCAAAUAG